AAAAGUAUUUCGGAUGUUUGCAAUCGCGGUCACACUUUUGCCGUCUGUUAUUAAUAAUUUAUUGUUUUUUUUUGUAUAUAUUGUUUUAAAAUAUGUUUAGGUUGGUUUUUAAGCAAUAUAAGUCGAAAAGUAGCAGUCCUGAUUUAACGGAUGUGAUUAAUGUUGAUGAUAUUGACAUUAAGCAGAAUGAUCUACAUCAAAAUUAUAAUGUUCAACUUUUAAGUAUCAGCAACGAACAUAAUGUUCAGAUGAUUCCCGGCAUUAAACGGCCAACAGAUUGGCGAGCUUAUGCUCUGACGCAUCAUCCUGGCAUUAUCAUUAUUCGAAACCCAUUUACAGAGCGUGGUCAACGUUACUGGACUGCUCGAUGUCUACGGGACUAUCCACGAACACCAAAUAUUGUUAACCUGAAUGAAAGACUCUUUAAUGAUGCAGUUAGAUCGGACUGGUGGAAACAGCUUGAUCAGUGCAGCGAUAGUGACGAAUUCCAACGCAUGAAAGCGGCAAUGCGUUGGACAACAUUCGGAUAUCAUCACAACUGGGACACGAAGCUUUACGAUGAGCAAAUGCAGUCACCGUUUCCAGAAGAUUUGGGCAGUAUGUGUCGAUUGUUUGCAACCGUGUUGGGCUACUGCGACUUUAGGCCGGAAGCUGCUAUAGUAAAUUAUUAUCCGGUUGGUAGUACUUUGUCGGGACACACUGAUCAUUCUGAACCUAACAAAUCGGCCCCAUUGUUUUCGUUAAGUUUUGGUCAGACCGCUAUUUUUCUAAUCGGUGGAACGACUUUAGAAGAAAAGCCCAGCGCCAUCUAUCUCCAGAGUGGUGACGUUUUAAUAAUGUCUGAAGCAUCGCGCCUGUGCUAUCACGCCGUACCCCGUAUAAUCAAAACUCAAAAACUUUGGAAUUCGACGCUGACAAAUGAAGAUAUCAAUGAUGCAGAUAAUGGAUCAAAUCUGUUGGAUAUGGAUCUAUUCAAAAAAGUGGGCGACUCCAACUUUUGGCAGCCUUUUUCAAACUAUAUUGAUGAUUCACGCAUUAAUAUUAAUGUACGACAAGUGUUAAACCCAGGGGAUGUAAAGUUAAGUUGAAAUAAAAAUAUAUUAUUUAUUUUA